CCGAAAAGCCAAGGUAACGCGGUCCUCGCGGCGGACUCCGCUCAUCGUUUUUCCUCCCGCAUCAUGGAAACUGAUAGAAAACGACUGUGACACGUUAUCGGUAAUAAAAAAACAAAUUAAAAAAAACCCUAGCUGGUUGAAACUUAACAGUUCGGAGAGGCGGUCGUGUUUCUUUGGAUGGAGAAUUUUGAAUCGAUGCAGUUAAUUAUAACCUGAGGAGGUUCUCGUAUUGCAGCUCCGCAGGAAGGAGAAGAGAAAGAUAACCUUGAAGUGAAGGCAGAUGAUUCUUUUUGAAGAUGGUGAAGACGCUGAAGUCAAGCUGGUUGUGAAGGUGUUUGACCUGUUUCCCCCUGCGCCCCGAGCCAAAACCAUCAUGGCAGCGGGAGUAGCGGCAUGGCUUCCGUUUGCCCGGGCAGCGGCGAUCGGCUGGAUGCCUGUGGCCAACUUGCCCAUGCCGGUCGCCCCCACUGAAAAGAACAAGAGGCAGGACGAGCUCAUAGUCCUUAAUGUCAGUGGACGGCGCUUCCAGACCUGGAGGAACACCCUGGACCGCUAUCCGGACACGCUGCUCGGCAGCUCGGAGAAGGAGUUCUUCUACAACGAGGACACCAAAGAGUACUUCUUUGACCGUGACCCUGACGUGUUCCGCAGUGUGCUUAACUUCUACCGCACUGGCAAGCUCCACUAUCCACGAUAUGAGUGCAUCUCCUCUUAUGAUGAGGAGCUAGCUUUCUUUGGCAUUGUCCCAGAGAUCAUCGGGGACUGCUGCUAUGAAGAGUACAAGGACAGGAAGCGAGAGAAUGCAGAGCGCCUCAUGGACGACCAGGAGGACAACAAAGAUGCCAAGCUGCCCAACAUGACAUUCAGGGAAACCAUGUGGCGUGCAUUUGAGAACCCUCACACUUCCACGAUGGCUCUGGUCUUCUACUAUGUCACUGGUUUCUUCAUUGCUGUCUCUGUCAUCACCAACGUGGUAGAGACAGUGCCCUGCGGCUCAGCGCCCAACAUGAAGGAAGUGCCAUGUGGCGAGCGCUACACUGUGGCCUUUUUCUGCAUGGACACUGCCUGCGUGAUGAUCUUCACGGUGGAGUACCUGAUGCGCCUGUUUGCUGCGCCCAACCGCUACCGCUUCAUGAGAUCCGUCAUGAGCAUCAUUGAUGUGGUGGCCAUCCUACCCUAUUACAUCGGGCUGGUGAUGACUGACAACGAGGACGUGAGCGGGGCUUUCGUGACGCUGCGGGUUUUCCGGGUGUUCCGUAUCUUUAAGUUCUCCCGUCACUCGCAGGGCCUGCGCAUCCUGGGCUACACGCUGAAGAGCUGUGCCUCGGAGCUGGGGUUCCUGCUCUUCUCCCUCACCAUGGCCAUAAUUAUCUUUGCCACUGUCAUGUUCUACGCAGAGAAGGGUUCAACCUCCAGCAAAUUCACCAGCAUCCCAGCCUCCUUUUGGUACACCAUCGUUACUAUGACAACGCUCGGGUAA